AUGGAUAUUUUCAACGUAAUAUUCGUUAAAACUCAUGAAUUUCCAGAUACGAAAAACUGUUUUCUUCGCCAGUUUCUUAUACUCACUGAAUACCAAAUGAAAUAUUUAGUGACAAAUGGAGCUGACCUAACAUAG